AUGAGCUAUUCCGACCUCGACGCCGCAGCGUUUUACCAAGCCGCCUUUACCGACGACAACCACGACAACAACGACACCAUCGAAUCGCCCCGCUUGCCUCUUCUCAAAAAAUCUCCACGUACACGAGGACUCGAUCUGAAGAUGUCCCAACAACCGUUGAUGAUCCAAGUCAGACCUCUGGAUCUGAGACGGAAGGGAGCGAGUGGGGGUGGGUAUCAGAGGAUCUCGAUGAAGCCAAGUAUCCAAUCCGGCUCAAUCCCAGAUUCAGCUUCCACGAAACACCUCAGCCCUCCCAUCGAGGACGAACCCGCCACCUCUUGUCUUACCGACGAUCCUACGAGCUCGCUCUCCCUCGGCCCUCAACGAUCGCCAUUCAAUACGACACCCUUAUCCCUCAGCUUGGACGCGGUCGGCCAACAUUUCCUAGGCAUGACCUUAUCCUCUGCCGGUCAUCCUCGUCUUGAUAGUUAUAACCCUCCGACCGAGAAGGACAAGGACCAGAGUUUCGUCCCCAUCUCCUCCGUCAAACCACUCCGACCCCACCGCCCGUCUUUCCACCAGACGUCUACUUCGACUUCAACUUCAACUUCGUCCCCGUUGGAUUUCAGGUCAUAUUCUCAUGCCUUUGACUAUUGCAACGACGAUGUCAGACCCGGUUUGAGUCCGCCCAUCACACCGUUUGCCACGGGAAACGAGUCGGCUUCGUCUUCAUCGAGGAUGAUGACUCCGAGGUCGAUGUCUUCACCUCUUCUUCCUCCGAGACGGGGGUCUGAUUUCGGCCCGACUACCACUACCACUACCAGCACCGGCACCGGCACGAACAACCCCAUCAAACCCGCUCCUAUUUCCUCUCGAACCCCAAACCUGAACCCGAACGCCCUACCUAUCCCUAUACCUAUCCCGACGAAAGCUUCAGAAACCCUAGGCGCGUUGACGCUCGACGAGACGUACCUCGACGAACGUCCUAUGACCCCCUUGAGGGCGGGGGCAAAGGCGUUGGCGUUAUUAGGAGGGUUGGAAGACUUGAAUUUGAAUGCGUCCAUCGGAGGGAUCGGGGGGAUGGGAGGGAAGAAAGGUUUUAUAGGAAAUAGGGGAAGGAAGGAGUAUUCGCUCGUUGGGUCCAACUCGAAGGCGGACUCGAACUCGAAAGACAAGGGUCCUGACACCAAUGAGAACCAGAACAAGUUCCCGAUGUAUUCGCUCAAGGGAAAGAACCGCAAGGUCGCUCCGGCUGCCGCUCCUCCCUCGACAUUCGCCUCUCCAUCCGCCCGCCCAUCUCUUGACGCCGAUGAGAAGGUCAUCGGCGUCCUCCCCUUGCCCCGAAAAUUCGACUCUCCACUCUCACGCUCCCGUUGUCCCUCACCGGACACCCAAUCCGAACGGUCCUUUGAGGAUCAAACCCACGCUAGGCGAAGCGCCGAGUCUCUCUUGGACGACGUCGUCAUCGUCGGGCAAGACGGCCACCGUUCGAGCGGUGAUCACGAUCACGAACGAUCGGAAUACGAAGUCAAAAUGGGAAUGGUCGAUCUGAACGUCAAAUCGAUCCCUCGUAAAAAGAUCGCUUCGUCCGAUAUGGCCUUUCUCGCCUCUGAUCCUUAUGCUCGAAGACGAGAUCGAGGACCAUCCCCGGUGACCGCUCAGAAGCGUCGUCCGCCGCCCUUGGCUUUGACUUUGUCGAACGGCAAGACGACGUCGAUGCCGGACCGGAUUCCCCAAAGCCACCAGCAGCGAGAACAUCAGCGACAGCAACAACAACAAGUCCGACUCGCUCCGGAACAUAUUCGCCAGAACGAUCUCGUGCACCGUCUUCCCGCCCGGAUCAGCAGUCUCCCCUUUACUCCCUUCACUCGACCUCGUACCGCCCCUGCCCCGCCUAAAAUCGGUAGGAGCAGCUCGGAGUCGAUCACCCGCCCGUUGUUCGACAACGAUCUCCCCGUCGACGUCUCCACCACUUCCGAGCCCAACGAGAUCGUCGUCGUACAAGACCCCCACCGGAAAGGUCGGUCGUUUUUCAUCGAGGACGAGUCGCCGACACAAGGCACGUUUGGAAUGUCGCUCGCCAAGAAGAUCACUUUGAAGGGGAUGGGAGAGAGCUGGAAGAAGGCGGUUGCCAAUCGGGUCUGAUGGAAUGGUCUGCAUGAUUAUGAUGAUGAUGAUGAUAAGGACAAGGUAGUUUUCUUUUCCGGUUUGCCAGC